AUGAUUAACAAAAUAAAUGGCUUGAACAUAUUAUUAAUUAUAUUGGCCAGUAUUACCAGAGGACGUACAGAUUGUGAUUAUGAUGCUUUGAAAGUUCGUCCCAAUAUCAUAAAAGUUUCUGAAAAUACAACAAUAGGAUAUGUAUUAUUUAAUGUAACUAGUUUACCUGAAGUCAUUGUUAAACUAGUUGCUGACCAAACGAAUUGCUACAACUUUCUGGCAGUAAAGCCAUCAUCUACACAGACGGUCCAUAAUAUAGUCUUAAAUAAAACUUUAGAUGCAGAAACGGUAUCAUCAGAAUGCCGUUUUUUAAUCACCUGUGUCAAUGCACCUAGUAGUGAAGGCUUUUCUGUGAAAAUUAUCGAUUUGAAUGAAUACCCUCCUGUCUUUACCCAAGAUCAAUAUACAGUAAAUAUAUCAGAGAGCACCGAAUUGAACACAGCUAUUUUUGAAACUCGAGGUAUUGCUAACGAUAAAGACAAAGAAAAUCAGUAUAUCAUUUACAAAUUACAAGACGGACUGGGGCAUUUCAGGUUCUUUGGCAGUAGAAUAUAUACAACAAAACAAUUCGAUUAUGAUGAAAUGCAAAGACAGUUCAACCUAACCAUAAUAGCCGAGGAGGAUGGAGACAACCUUGUAAAGAAAAAUAGCAGUGUUAUAUUAACAGUGGACAUUUUAGAUGUUGAUGAUCAGAGUCCAAGAUUCACUCAAACCAUAUAUAGGUUGAAUAUAUCAGAAGAUAAUUACAAUAACCGUGUAGUAAAUACCACUCCACCUAUACUUGCAAUAGAUCGCGAUUCUUUUAAUACACCGGUUAAUUACAAUAUAACCACAGGUGGUGAUGGUAUCUUUACGAUCCGCCAGACAGGAGAGUUAGUUAUAAAUGGUCGACUCAUCAGAAAAGGAAACCCUUCACUCGCCUUAGGAAUACAGGCUUACCAAAUAGAUCGACCUUCUGAUAGAACUGAUGAUGCAGCAGUUAUAAUAACAGUACAAGAUGUUAACGACCACCAUCCUAUUAUGACCAAUGAUACCUAUAUUGCAUCAGUUGAUGAAGGUUCAUUUGGUGAUUUCACCAUUAUUCAAGUCACAGCAUCUGAUUCUGAUAUAGGAAUAAACAGUGUGUUUCAGUUUCAUCUAAAUGGUACUGAUGUAUUUGAGAUCGAGACUGUUAAUGAUGUAGGUUCCAUCAGGUUAGCUCGAGGAAAGAUUUUAGAUCGAGAAGAAACAGAAGUACAUAACUUUGAGGUUUAUGCCAAAGAAUUAGAAACGGACAGUAAAUUUGAAAGUAACCGAAGUCUAGUACAGAUUAUAGUUAAUGAUAUUAAUGAUAACAAACCAAUAUUCUACUCCCCAAGCCAGCCAUUUACCUUUACUGUUAAUAAAACUGCUAAAAUUGGUGACCUUGUAGGGAAGGUAUUUGCUAAUGAUAGUGAUAUAGGUAAUAAUGGUGAAGUAAGGUAUCAGUUAUUACAAGCUGGUGAUGAAUUCCGUAUUAAUGUUAUUACUGGAGAAAUUCUGGUUAAUAAAUCUUUAAUCAAUAGAAAUGGUAUUAUAAAUGUUCAAAUAUUAGCUAAAGAUUUACCCAAAAAGAUAGCUGAUACCAGACAAACAAUACAAUCAGGUGUAAUAAAGAUUGUAGAUGUUAAUAUCGGACCACCAAAUAUAACUAAUUUAAAUAGUACAAUAUCAAUACCUGAAGACAUUCCAAUACAUACCACAAUUUAUACAGUUGAGGCAACCGACCCAGAUAUAACUGAUGGAAAUAGCUUGCUUUAUUAUAUUGUUUCUCAGUCUUCAUACGGGGGUUUCACCAUCGAUUCAUCGAGUGGUACAAUCAAAACAAACGAUACAUUAGACAGAGAAAUUAUAAGCUUAUACAGGUUGUUAAUCAUUGUAUCAGAUGGUUCGAAAAAUUCAAGUCAUGGAUAUUUAACUAUAAAUAUAUUAGAUAUUAAUGAUCACAACCCUGUAUUCUAUUUAUCAGAAUAUAACUUUACAAUAAUAGAAGGUAGUGGACAACUUACAGGAGACCGAAACCCUGUCAAUGCUUCAGAUUCCGACAUUGGUUCAAAUGCUUUAUUAACAUAUUCCUUAUUAACACCAAGAGGAACCACUACACCAUUAGAGAUAAAUAAUACAAGUGGAUUAUUAUCCACUACAAGUUUAAUAGAUAGAGAAGAAAGAGAUGUGUAUGAUUUGUAUGUUAUGGCAACAGAUGAUGGUACACCUAAACGUUCAUCUGCUGUAUCUGUGGUAGUCACAGUUCUUGAUAUCAAUGAUAAUUCACCUAUCUUUCCUAAAUCAAAUAUCUCACUUAGUUUUCCCGAGGAUUCAUAUCCAGACUGUUUUUAUAAAGCAAAGGCGACAGAUCGUGAUAUCGGUGUAAAUAACCAAAUUUUGUACACUACCAAUGAUGCUACUAUUAUAGAAGUUAGUUCUGAUGGUGACGUAUGUGUCAAAGACAAUCAAAGUUUACCAUUAGGUCCUAUUUCCAUCACCAUUAUAGCCUAUAAUAUCAAACCAUAUAUUGGAUGUACAGAGUGUAAUAAUGCUUCUUUAUAUCUUUUCAUAGAAGUAACGGAUGUCAAUAACAAUGUUCCGAUAUUUGAUCAACCAUAUUAUAAUUUCUCCAUAGAUGAAGGCCUGAACACUCACCAAAAUCUGAGAGUUCAUGCGAAGGACAAUGACACGACAUCUUUAUAUCAGAAUGUAUUAUAUUCAGUACUACCAGAUAUAGAUAAUAGAUUUACUAUAGACUCCAUAACUGGACAGAUACACUUUAAUACUGUACCUGAUUAUGAAACAAAGAAGAUUUUCCAACUGACAGUUGGUGCGAGAGAUACAGGUCAGUCAGAAGUACAAACAACAGUUAAUGUUACAAUUUAUAUCAAUGAUGUUAAUGAUAAUUAUCCUGUAUUCUCGAAAGACAAAUAUGAAUGUACUGUGUAUGAAAAUCAAACUUCUGGAUUGAUUCCUGAAUGCCAAGUAACUGCUACAGAUAAAGACACUGGCAGCAAUCAAAAAAUAGUCUACUCUAUUCUUGAAAAUGUUCCAUUUUCAAUCGAUAGUAAUACUGGGAACGUGAGUGUAAAUGGUGGUUUGGACUAUGAUAAUGGUUCUAGGUUCUAUACCAUUAGAAUAGAAGCUAGUGAUAAUGGUUCACGAAAAUUAUCCAGAUUAACUCAAAUGGUCAUAGAAAUAAUCAACACAAAUGACAACGCACCAACCUUCAGAAAUACCCCGUAUAAUUUCACAAUAUUAGAAAUACAACCAGCUGGUAGUUUAGUUGGUGUUAUUUCUGCUGUUGAUGCAGAUCAAGACGAUUUAACAUAUUCUAUGAAAUCAAAUAUUCGAGACGGCAACUAUAGAAGCACAGCGUUUAGUUUAGUAACAGUCCAUACUGUGAAUGAAUAUUCUCCAAGAUUUACUCAGAUAUUUAAUGGUAAUGUUUCUGAAAAUGCAGCACGAGAAACAGUCAUAACUCAGGUGGAAGCUGUAGAUAAUGAUACAGGUAUUGAUGGAGAUGUACAUUACUCAUUAACUGACCACUCUACACUGAUCAUAUUCCACAUAGAUAACUCAACUGGUGUAUUAACACUCAAUUGUGAUAGUUGUUUAGACUUUACUAACAAAUCUAUGUAUGAAGUCAUAGUUCAGGCCAUAGAUGGUGGAUCUAAUCCAAGACUGUCUUUUACAACGGUAGAGGUAACAGUUCAGAAUAUCAAUGAUAAAGCACCACGAUUCUCAUCUUCGCAUUAUUCUACAACAUUAAAGGAGAACACUGCUAUUAAUACUACGAUUUUCAGAGUGAUUGCGUCUGAUGCCGAUACACCAAUUGAUCAGCUUACAUUUAACCUGCUAAAUCACCACCAACAGUUUAGCCUAGCUGGGCCAAUUGUGGUCGUCAAAUCACCUGUAGAUGGUGACCUACUGAAACACCCAACGUUGAUUUUAAAUAUUUCUGUUAGCGAUGGAACAUUAUCAGCAUAUACUUUGUUAACUAUAACUAUCUUAGAUGAAAAUGAACAUCCACCAGUUUUAGUACUUCCAAACAAUAGAUCGUGGUCUUUGAGUCUUCCAGAAAAUGUAACAAUAGGUCAUGAAGUGGUAACAAUAGGUGCUUCCGAUAAAGAUUUCUCUAAUAAUGGGUUUACCUUUUGGUUGACCAAUGAAGAUGAUAAAUUUAAGAUAAAUGUAUCUAGUGGUUUACUUCAGGUGACAAAUAGAUUUGAUAGAAGUAUUAAAGAUUCUUAUAAUGUAACCGUCCAUGUCAGUGAUCAUGGAGUUCCUCCACUAUUUGCUGAACAAGAAAUGCAUAUAGAAAUAUUAGACAGUAACACAUCACCGGUAUUCGACAAUGCAUCAUAUACGUUUAGUGUGGUAGAAAAUGUUAAAAUCGAGUACAAGGUUGGAGCUGUUAAAGCUACUGAUAAAGAUUACGGUUCCUCGGGUCAGAUUAUCUAUGACAUUGUAUCUGGAAACAUAGGUUCCGCAUUCCGAAUCAAUUCUUCCAAUGGACAAUUAUUUACUGAUAAAUUACUGGAUCACGAAAUUGUGAAUUAUUAUACAUUAACAGUUGAAGCGAAGGAUAUGUCAAGUAUACCAAAGAGCAGCACAGUUCUUGUUGAAAUAGAGGUAGAAGAUAUAUUUGAAGCACCUAGGUGGCCAGCCACCCUUCCAAUACACUAUGUAUCUAAAUCUAAGGAAUGUGAAGCGUCUCAAAUAACAGCCAUAUCGUCAGAUGCGUCAUCUUCUGAUAGUGGAACUAGUGUAAUUUACAAACUCCUCAAUUUUAAUGAUAUUUUCCAAAUGGAUAAUAAAACGGGUGCAUUGCAACCCGCUUCUGAUAUAAAAAGCGGAAAUUAUACUCUUAUUUUACAAGCCUGUAACAGCAGGAAUAUCUUGCUUUGUAGCAAUGCAACAUUAAACGUCAUCGUUACAGAACAAGUGCGUUUGAUAUUUUGUCCAGUAUUUGUUCCUGUUCAUGUACCAGAAGAUUUGAAAUUGAACACGACAAUAACAACUAUGAACACAACAUUGGAUGAAGAGACUAAUCAAUUUUCAAUUAUUGAAGGAAAUGAUGGUUAUUUUUCGCUCGGUUUAGAUAAUGGUGUACUGAAACUAAAAAAGGCAUUAGACCGAGAAACGGUCGACACGUACACAUUAUCUAUACAAGCAGUUAAUCUGAAUAACUCUCAGACAGCGACAGCUCAGGUAAUAAUACGUGUAACAGAUAUAAAUGACUGUCCACCGUAUUUUCUACUGAAAACUUAUUACGGAGAAAUAAGUGAGGACGCCAGCACUGGAGUUGAUGUGUUUCUUGCUGCCUCAAACCGACCUCUGAUAGUAAAUGCAAAGGAUAAUGAUCUUAAUCCGCAGUUAUCUUAUUCUGUUGAACCACAAUCCGAUUACUUUAAUAUUACCGGUAGUACUGGUUUAAUCAGUUUAGCACGUAAAUUGGAUAGAGAAAAUAUUUCUUCAUUUAACUUUGAAGUAAUAGUAUCUGAUGGAAAGUUUACAAACUCGACAAAAGUAGUCAUAAAAAUUCUGGAUGUAAAUGAUAUGGUUCCUGUUUUUGAUCAUCUAGUCUAUAACAAAUCUGUUUUUGAGAAUAUAAGUACAAAUUCUGUGAUAUUGACAGUCCAAGCUACGGAUCAAGAUAUUUCUGAUAGAGGGAGUUUAGCAUAUAAACUUAACAGUAAUGUGAGUGAAUUUAAAAUAAAUGCCCGAACUGGAGAGAUACAAGUUGUAGAUGAUUUAGAUAGAGAGACUACAUCAGAAUAUAAUAUCUCUAUUGUCGCAAUUGAUAAUGCUGGACACAAUGCUACAACUGAAGUGUAUAUAGAUGUUUUAGAUGUUAAUGACAAUUCACCAAAGUUUUACCAAGAUAUAUAUAAUUUCUCUGUUCAAGAAGGUGACCAUAGUGUGAAUAAAACUUUCAUGGUAGAUGCCAAUGAUGAUGAUAUUGAUGAAAAUAGUAGAUUGAAGUUUAGAAUUUCAAAAGGAAAUACAGGAGACUUCCAUAUCACGUCAUUUAACAAUCGGGCUAAUAUUACAAUUGUCAAUGCUUUAGACAGAGAACAACAAGGUUUGGAGUAUAUAAAUGGAAUAGCUAUAUACAAUUUAAUUAUAGAAGCAACAGAUUCGGGAGAACCACCCCAGACGGGCUUUUGUAAAAUUAAUAUUCAAGUCAGUGAUAUCAACGACAAUCCUCCAAGAUUUGAAAACUCACUGUUGAAAUACGUUGGUACUGUGGAGGAAAAUUCAACAUCGGGGACACCAGUAGUUUUAGAACCAGCUCUUUCGGUAACUGAUAUAGACUAUGGUAUUAACGGUGUUUCUGGUUUGGUGUAUUAUCUGUCACCAGUUUCACUUCCAUUUUCUAUCAAUAAUACCACAGGAGAGGUAACAGUAUCAUUAACUGGUGAUAUGACUAUAGAUAGAGAAACAACAACACAUUACGAUCUUAGGGUAACCUAUUUUAUAUAA